AUGAAGUCCUUUCUCACUUUGUCUACCGUUGUCGCCGCUACUGUCGCCGCCAACGGCUUGGAGAAUCGGUGGUUUCCAGGUUGGAAUUCCUCUACCUCCUAUCCCGAGACCGAGACAUUGACCACUUACACCACCGUCACCACGUGCCCUCUUACGAUCAGUUCCGGAAGCGCCUAUCACACAACCCUAACUACCUCCACCAUUGUAGUCACCAGUUGCAAGGGAGGCUGCUAUAGAACUGCCACCCCACCACCACCAAAGAAGACAGCCUCGAUCGGGACUGCUCCGCCACCACGACCACCACCACCAAAGAAGACAACCUCGAUCGGGACUGUUCCCCUACCUCCACCAUCGGUUACACCCCCUCCACUGAAGCCAUCCAAUGGAACCACUGUGGUGGUCCCCUCCGUCUCUCUACCUCGCGAGACUCCAAUCUACUCAAAUACCACCAUUUUUAAAACCAAGACCGAGACGAUUCCUACGUCACCCAGUGCCGUGACCAUCAGUUAUACCACGAGCACCAUUUUUAUCACCACUACGACGUGCCCAGUCACGUCGACCAUCAUUACGACUGGUUCCACAACGGAGACUGUCCCCGUUACUGAAACGAAAACUACCGUCAUAACGAGCAUCACGAGGGUCCCGGUGACCAAGACUAAAACCACAGGGACCACAAGCCUUACAACGAGAUACAUAACGAGUACCACUUGCCCAGUGACAUCCACCGUCGUGACGUCUAAAUCGUCAAUCACCACUGUGCCAACGACCCUCACGAAAACCACAGUACUCACCAGCAUUAUGACACUUCCGAAACAAGUGACUAAUACCACGGAGAUUGUUGUCAAGACGAAACCCAUCGUCACCAAAUCAACCGAGUCGACCAGCUUCACAACGAGCACAGUGUACAUAACUACCACGACUUGUCCGGUGACUUCAACCGUCAUCACGAAAGAAUCUACAACCUCGACAGUGCCUGUCACCCUUACAAAGACCACCGUACUAACUAGCCUUACUACGAUCCCCGUCCCCAUUACGCCUGUCGUCACCAAGUCAGUCGAGACGGUCGUUUCCACCACGAAACUGAUAACCUACACGACCACCUCUUGCCCAGUAACCAGCACUGUUGUCACAAUCAGCGAGACGCCCAAAACCGUACCUAUCACGCAGACCUUCACCAUCACGACCAGUUCGAUAUCUACAUUUCCAAUAACCACAACCUCACCCAUUCUCGUAACCACACCUGGAAAGGAGACUGAAAACGAGGUUGAGACCCUAGUUCCGACUCAGAUCAUGAUCGAAACCACUAUCUCCGAGACCUCAACUACGGUGUUCAGUACUCCACCCCCAGAAACGGAGACUGAAACCGAGGUUCAGACCCCAGCUCCGACUCCAAUUAUGAUCGAAACCACCAUCUUCGAGACCCCAACUACGAUACUCAGUACUCUACCCCCGGAAAAGGAGACUGAAACCGAGGUUCAGACCCCAGCUCCGACUCCAAUUAUGAUCGAAACCACCAUCUUCGAGACCCCAACUACGAUACUCAGUACUCUACCCCCGGAAAAGGAGACUGAAACCGAGAUUAAGACGCCAGCUUCUCCAACGCCUGUAGUCAUGACCACACCGGAGAAGGAGACGGAAACAGGAACGAUCACCCCGGAGGUUGAGGCGACCUCCAAGACACCAGAAUUUGAGAGUACGCCGGAAGUUACGCCCGCCAGUACCACAGUACCAAGCGCUCCGCUUAUCACUGAAGCAACUGAGGGUCAACCCGAAUACCCCGUACAAACAUCUACCCCAACUUCCACGUCACCGCUCGCUUUCAAGGGUGCAGCGCCCACCAACAAGCCUGCAGUGGCCGCUUUGGCUGGCUUGGUUGCGCUCAUGGCGCUGGUCUAA